GAGGGCUGAGUGAGAGAACCUAACUGGGACAAGAAAGAGCAGCCACUGAAUCCAAAAACUAGCAGCAGGUUUUGGUGCAGGAUGUCACAGUCACUGACAUUUUCCCCGAGCAGCAAAUCUCAUCAUCAAACAUCACCCCCUCAGACCAAAGAAGGCAGCUGCUUCACCCAGGAAAAGAGCAACACCUUGAGUCUGAGAACUGCAGCAGUGAGCAGGAGGCACAGCGCUGAUGGAAUGAUCAGUUCACGGUCAGGGCGAGGGGACCUGGACGCUGACCGUUUCCACCCGUAUCAGCGACAGUUCAGUGACGGAGCAGUGACAGAGUGCCUACAACAGUGCUCUUCUUCCUUUAGCAGUCUGCAUGAGGUGUGCAGUCCUGGCAGUCAUUCGCACAGCAGCGAUAUGCCACCAUCCUGGGACCAGUACAAUGGCAGCAUUCAGAACUCAUAUCCAGAGCUACCAGGCAUACCUGUGGAUCCUCCCUGUUUUCUAUCUCAGAGCUAUCCAUCCUACAGCUCAGCAAGUCCUCAACAACAGGUCUCUUCUAGACUGUAUCCUAACAAGGACCAGUCCAGCACCUCAAAAUAUAGUCUCUCCAGCCAGUCACACCAGGACGACACCACACAGUCCAUCUUUCCUAAGCCCAUUUACUCAUACAGCAUUUUGAUUUUCAUGGCUCUGAAGAACAGCAAAACAGGAAGUCUCCCAGUCAGCGAGAUCUACAGCUUCAUGACUGAACACUUCCCAUAUUUCAAGACGGCUCCUGAUGGAUGGAAGAACUCUGUGCGGCACAAUCUGUCCCUGAAUAAGUGCUUUGAGAAGGUGGAGAACAAGAAUGGCAGCACGUCUCGUAAAGGCUGCCUGUGGGCGCUCAAUCCAGCCAAGGUGGAGAAAAUGCAGGAGGAGCUGCACAAGUGGCGCCGGAAAGACCCCGUUACUAUUCGCAGGAGCAUGGCAAAGCCAGAAGAUCUUGAUCGACUACUGGGAGAAAGACCGGAAAGACUCAGGUCUGUGCCACCGAACCCCAAAUCAGGCACAUUAACCAGAGCGACCCCCGUCUACAACCCCUCCGCUUUUACUUGUACUCCAGCUGAGCUUCGCCCAGCAUGCCAGCCCAUUUGCCAGUCACUUUAUGCUCACCUUCAGCCUCAGCAGCCCUUCUACCUCCCCCCUGCUGUCACACACCCCAGCAACUCAUUCGCCCUCUUCUCACCCUGUGGACAGCAGCCUGCAGCCGGUAUCCCAUCAUCCACUGGAAGCCUCAACUCACCGGUAGCUGGGAAGAUACCACCUGUUUAUAACAAUGCUCUCCAGUGUGAUUACAGUGUUGAGCCCAGGACCACCAUGCAGGAGUUUCUGCUGGAGGGAGACACCACUUAUGACAUUGACAUGCUCAACCCCAGUCUGACUGACCUUCAGCUGCAAGGUAACCUGUGGGAGGAGCUGAGAGUCGACAGUCUGGUGGCAGAACCACAAGUUAGCACAAGCUCGUCCGCUACCUUUGUCCCUCAGAACCACCACAUCCAGAGCAGCGGCCUGCAUGUCGUGCCUCCCAUCAGUCAGACAUCAGCUGUGGUUGCCAGCGGUCGUUGUGAAGCGGAGUACGAGGACGGGGACGAAGGGCGAAAUGUGGAGCAGCAUGGCUGUUUUAACGGACUAAAUCCCGUAUUAUAUUCAGGAGUGGAAAGCUUGGCUGGGUAUCUGACCUCCUGCACUGCAUCCGUCUCUUUAAUGUAAACCUUCGCUCUAUGGAUUUGAUGUACCAUGUGAGUCUGAACGAGGAAUAUAGUUUCAAGCAGUUUCACACUACAGUGUAUGAUUGGUGGUAAUUUAAGCCCCGUGGCGUGUCCAGCGGGGUGGCCUUGGGGGGCCCCCCCAAACCAGACUGGCCACCCCGAAGCUAAAACA